AGCUGUGAGAGAAAGACACGUAUUACCUUGUUUUAUUUUAUAUACUUUAUUUUUUGUGGAAAAGCGACGAUACAUUAUAGCAAAAUAACGAAGCUGUUUAUUCAAAUGAAAUAAUUAGUUACAGCUACGUUUUCUACAACCAAAUCCAAUAAAUUGUUGUGAUCCGAACUGUGUACGUGGAUUACAAAGCAAUUAUCCAAAAGUCCAAAUGGUACAUACAUAUGUGUAUAUGGAUGCGUAAAAAGUGACGGAUGUUUGGUUUUUAUUGACAAAGAACAUAGCAAGAGAUUACUAUAAAAAAGCGAACGCCAGGAGGAAAAUCCAAUAACUACUUAGUAGAUUAUGAGAUGCCAACACGACGACGUCAUUAUCCACAAGAAACUACAAGAUUCUAUGAAGGAUCCUAUGAAGAGAGCUCAACACUAAUUCCAUCUCAAGGUCAGGCGCAGCAACAACAGUACAAAAAUCCAUUAUUUGGUGGAGCAGUAGCUCCCACAACAAGUGGCAAGGAAACAUUCGUCGGAGGUUCAACGCAAGAGUCAACCAUACUUAUUGGUGACUAUAACCAACCAGCAACCAACGGUCUACAAUAUAACUCGAAUAAUAAUAAUUCGACAGUAGAUCCCGACGAUAAAUAUAGCAAAGCUAGCCGUCAGUGGAAUUUUCGUUCGUUGUCCACACGUUUGCAGGCAACAUCUGGCCAAGCAAUACGCAACUUCAUACAACAACCUUUGAGUGCUGCAGCUGCUGUCGUUACUGGAAAUCAUCCAGCGCAAGAAUAUAGCGCUUACACACAACUGACUCAAUACGGAGAUACGCAACAAAUUCAAGGAGUUGAGGAAAUAGAAGAAGAGGAUCCUAUAUUUGAAAAGGAAGAAAUAUUCAUAAUGGCUUCACGUGAUAGGACAGGAGAGUUUAAUAACGCAAUACGUUCAUUGCAGUCACGUAAUAUAACACGGGCUGUGAAUAUUCGUGAUCCACGUAAAGCGAAAGAGGUUCAGAGUUAUUCAGAGUUUAUGAUGGUGGCCAAAUAUAUAGGGAAAAAUAUUGCAAGUGCUUAUGCCAAAUUGGAAAAACUAACAUUAUUGGCCAAAAAGAAAAGCCUAUUCGAUGAUCGACCGCAAGAGAUUCAAGAGCUAACAUAUAUCAUAAAAGGCGAUUUAAAUGCGCUCAAUCAACAAAUUGCACGUCUUCAGGAUAUUUCAAAGGAUCAACGUCGUACAAGCUCUGGCAAACAUCUGCAGUUACAUUCCUCGAACAUGGUAUAUGCAUUACAAUCCAAACUAGCCAGCAUGGGCACAGACUUUAAACAGAUAUUAGAAGUACGUACAGAAAAUCUCAAACAUCAAAAGGCGCGUCGUGAUCAGUUUGGACAGACACCAAUUGCCGCGAGUACAGUCCGAUCGAGUACAGCGAAACAAGGUUCGCUGCUUUUAAGCGAAGAGAACUCUGCCGUAAGCAUUGAUAUGGCCGCCGGUGACACAACACCAUUGCUAGGAGCUGUUGGUGGCAGUGGUAUGCAGACGCAACAGCAAAUUGCACUUUAUGAUGAUUCCGAUAGUUAUGUGCAACAACGUGCUGAGACUAUGCAAAAUAUUGAAUCGACUAUUGUAGAACUUGGCGGCAUAUUUCAGCAAUUGGCACAUAUGGUUAAAGAACAGGAAGAAACUGUGGAGCGUAUCGAUACAAAUAUACAAGAUGCCGAACUUAAUAUCGAAGCAGCACAUGGUGAAAUAUUGAAGUACUUCCAAACCGUUUCCAAGAAUCGGUGGCUGAUGAUUAAAAUAUUCGCAGUACUGAUAUUCUUUUUCAUUUUCUUCGUUGUCUUUUUAACGUAAUGACGUGUAAGUGUUGUCCAUGUGAAAUAAGAUCGGUUUUAUACGACACUUAAUUGUGGUCAUUAUAAUUAAAGUUGUGGAAUUCUCAAAACUUGUAUAGAUAUAUUCUGUUUUCACUAAGCCUUACACGCUACUCAACGUAUUGCCGCUUUAAAGGCACUGAAGUUCUGCCUGAUAUCAAAGCAUUUACGGCGUGUUUGUGUAUUUUUAAUUCGGCAAGAAAUAAAAUGUUUAGUUUGGUGUAUUUAACUUUUUUAUCAACACAUAACUAUGACAAUGUGUAUUGUAAUGAUAAACCGAUUUAUGUAAUUAUCAAUUUAUAAAAUAACAUUAAAAAGUUUAAAAUAAAAUAAAAAUUGUUAUUGUCAAUAAGAGAAGCCGAAUGUUUGCAUCAGUUUCAAAAAGAAGUGACAAAGAAAAAGCCAAAAA